ACUUCAUUUUCUUCUAUUUUCCUUUUAUUUCACACUCAUAUUUCUGGAUUUCUCUUUGCUUUCCUCGAAUCUUUCUCCCUAUAGACUUUAUCUUCUCUUCCCUUUAUUUUUCAUUGCACUCGUCAACUUUUCUCUUAUUCUUUCUUUAUACCAAACCACAUCCCAAGGUUCUUUCAAAAAGAAUACUAAAAAGAUCCAUCAACAAUUCAGUGAUUAAUUUUAUUACAUGGCAAGGUAGUUUCAGACAAAGAUGAAGAAAUGGUUGGGAAGUGUCUUAAUGGGGUCUUUCAUUGUGGUCUUGAUAUUAAGAUAUAAUGUGAUGAUCAAGGUCCCUUUUGCAAAUAACUCCCUUCGAAGUAGUAUCAACAUCAACGUGACCGAUCCUCCUCUUAAAUGGGUUCAACAACCUGCCGUUUCUCCGACUGUUCAUAGUUCGGAAUCCGUUAAUCAAGUCGUUUUUGCAGACAAGUUGGUUUCGGGACUGUUCGUCGACAGGAACUUCUCUAAUGAAGUUCAAAGUUCUUUGUUAACAUGGAAUGAGAUGAAGCAUAUAGUUAACUAUAGCAAAGGGCUAUCAAAUGCAUUAGAGGCCGUUCGAGAAGCUCGGAUUGCGUGGGAAAAUCUUAUGGAUAUUGUUGCAAAGAAGCAGCAAAUCGAGGCGAAUGAAAGUGCAGUUGAUCAUAAGGGGAAACAAUGCCCCUACUUCUUAAGUAAAAUGGAUGAUGCAGAUUUUGGGGAUAAAGGUUAUAAGCUAAGAAUCCCUUGUGGCCUAAUUCAAGGUUCUGCAAUCACUAUCAUUGGUAUUCCAGAUGGUCUUUCGGGAAGCUUCAGGAUCGAUUUAACAGCGGAAUCAGUUCAGGAAAAGCCGGACCCUCCUAUCGUUUUGCAUUACAAUGUGCGUCUCCAAGGUGAUAAGGUUACUGAGGAUCCUGUUAUUGUUCAGAACACAUGGACUGCUGCUCAUGAUUGGGGCGAGGAAGAGCGGUGCCCCUCUUCAACUGUAGGAAACAAUAAGAAAGAGGAUGAUUUGAAACAAUGCAGUGAAAAGGUCGGGAAAAUCGAAAACUGGAGGCCUGUAACCAAUGAAUCCUCAGGCAUUUCUCUAUGGUCAUCUAGGGUUGAAAACAGAAAUCGAAGCAGGCCUUACUUUCCAUUCAAGUUAGGAUAUUUAUCCGUCAUGACACUUCGGGUGGGAGAAGAAGGAUUUCAUAUGACCGUCGACGGAAAGCAUAUAACAUCGUUCGCAUACCGUGAAGGUUUAGAACCAUGGCUUGUGAAUGAAGUAAAGAUAUUUGGUGAUAUAAAGUUAACAUCUGUGUUAGCUAGUGGGUUACCUGCAUCUGAGGACUUGAAGCAUAUCAAUGAUUUGGAUGCUUUGAGAGCUGUUCCUCUCAAACCACACCAUCCAUUAGACCUAUUUAUCGGUGUCUUUUCAACGGCAAACAACUUUAAGCGGCGGAUGGCCGUUAGAAGGACUUGGAUGCAGUAUCCUGCAGUAAAGUCUGCAACGGUCGCAGUCCGCUUUUUCGCCGGUCUACACAAGAACCAGAUAGUGAAUGAGGAACUUUGGAGUGAGAUAAAAACGUAUGGAGACAUUCAAUUGAUGCCUUUUGUAGAUUACUAUGGUCUUAUAACAUGGAAGACUGUAGCAAUAUGCAUUUUUGGGACAGAGGUGGUUUCGGCCAACUAUGUGAUGAAAACUGACGAUGACGCCUUUGUUCGAGUCGACGAAGUGUUGGCUACUAUACGCAAAGAAAAUGUGAGGAAUGGGCUACUUUAUGGUCUCAUAAACUAUGAUGCUCAGCCUCAUAGGAAUGCUGAUAGUAAAUGGUAUAUCAGUCCUGAGGAAUAUCCUGAAAAGAAAUACCCUCCCUGGGCACAUGGCCCUGGUUAUGUGGUCUCAAAUGACAUAGCUAAAGCUGUCUAUACAAAGCACAAAGAAGGAUCUUUACGAAUGAUUAAGCUGGAGGAUGUAGCAAUGGGGAUAUGGAUAGCAGAGAUGAAAAGGGAAGGAUUGAGAGUGAAUUACAUGAAUGAAAAGCGGGUUUACAAUGAAGGGUGCAAUGAUGGUUUUGUUGUAGCUCAUUACCAAAGCCCCAGAGAGAUGCUUUGCCUAUGGCACAAGUUGAAGGAUGAGGAUAUUGCUAAAUGCUGCAAUUGAUAAGAGAUGCGAGUAUCGGGUACAAAUACAUUUGAUUUUU